UUUGUAGAACGGAAAAAUGAAGUCUUCCACAGUGACAGCAACAAGAGCAUUAAUACUGGAGGACACCGUGCUGAAAGAAGUGCAAAGCCUUACCUGAGGGUACCGCUGUAAGCUGCAGCCACGAACAGGCCUGGAAUUCCAGGAUAGACUGCCAGAAUAUCCAUCACAAGGAACAAACCUGGUUAAGGAAAAACCACCUGGCUGAAAAUGGAGACAUCAGCAUUCAGCUGCUGGGUUCUUUUUCUGCUGAUUUAUCCAGUUGUUCCCAUGUGUCUUCCCACAGAGUUCACAUUGUUCGUGGAAAAGCCAGAAUGUGACUAUUGUGUGGCAAUCAACACUACUAUCUGCAUGGGAGUUUGCUUCACAAGGGACAGCAACAUGAGGGAUAUUUUCCGCUCACGCUUUGCUGUUCAGAGAAGCUGCAACUAUGAUAAGGUGGAAUAUCGCACAGUCAUUCUGCCUGGCUGUGCUAUCGACUCCAACCCUGCUUAUACCUACCCAGUAGCUAUCAGCUGCCACUGUGGUGCCUGCAGAACUGACAGGGAUGAAUGCACACUCAGAUUCAACAGAUACGAUGCUAACUGUGCUAAACCAGUCAGGCGCGUUUAUCCUUAUCCUGGUCAAAGCAACUAUGUGAUCCCAUUUUAAUUCUUCUGUUUAUGUAAGAAAAUAAAGGUUUUUACUUCUUAUCUUAUAAUAGACCAUUGACAAUUUGCGCUGUUUCAUUCUAUUUAAUCUGAUUGUUGACUAAUAAAGUUAUAGUUUGACAUCUUAGUUAACAGUCAAUUCCACAUAUUUUUCUUAGCAUCAUUUCCAUACUUUCUUCCAGACUUUUAUUAUUUACUGUUAAAUAGAUUCUCAGAAUACAAACCAAUUAAAACUUCAUCAUCUAAAUGGCUCUCUGAGUCUGAUGUCAUUGAGUUAAUCACAUUCUGUUUCUUACUGUAGCUAUGUGUUGACUAUAUAACAAACCCGAGGCUGUUUACAUCAGCAAGUCACCUCCUGAUUCUAUAUUUAUCUGUAAAGUCAUUCAGAGAAGUAUGUGAUUGUUGACACAACUCUUAUUUCGAAUGGGGUUAAACAGGCAGAUAUAAAAUCUGAAAAACUUGACACAUUGUUUACAGGCUAUUCUAAACAGCACAUUUAAUAUAUCUGUUUGUUAGCAGUGUCUCACCUUAGAUGGGGUUUAUGCUAGUAGAAUGUCCACAAAGGGAGUUUCAGAGACAGCUGGAGAGUAUAAAUAGCUCAGAAUUUUGAGUUAGACAAUGUUUCAUAAAGUCAUCCUCCAAGGUGACGUGACAUUGGUCUUUCAUAAUCACUGAUUAUAUGAAGCUUUUAAAUAUAUUUUCCUAAAACAUGAAGAUAUUUUAAUGCUUUUGGUUGGUUCUAAAUCUCAGAGAUUCUCACAAAUUUACUUAAAUAUAAAAUAACAAAAGCAUUUAACUGAAAGGCCCCAAAUUAGAUUUCCAGAGUGUUCUUGCUUUGUUAAAAAGAAUUGCCAAGAGCCAAAAUUUAAAGUCUACAUUAACUUUGUUAAAGAAGAAUCAGAACCACAAAUUAAAUCCAGCUUAUAAGAAAAUAUGGGUGAAAAACUGCUGUACAAAGUGUUUACAGUGACACGUCCUAAAAACCUGAUCCUCUGGCUUUGAAGUCAGCUGACAUAAAUAAGCAUUACAUUUAAGUCUUGUGACACAGGAGAGAGAAUAUUUGUGAAGUUACUAGUCUGAUCCAUCUAGAUUUUAGAAUGGGUUCUCUCAAAAAGUAUUUUACAAUGGAGGGAAAGAAAAAAAAAUAAAAAUAGGUAUGGCCAUUUUGAUUUUUAACAUUAGGAUAUCCCUGAGGAAAAGCUUGCAAUUGAUCAGUUUCAGUUUAAUUCCAUUGGGCACUCAUAUUUUACAAAAAAGAUUGCAGGUGGAAAAUUAUUUAUCUGGGUAGAAAAUUAUCUGUACCCGAAAAAAAUAUUUACCAUCAUCAAAGUAAUCAAACCCUUCUCAUCAUUGCUGACCCUAUUUUGGAUGGACAUGGUUUAGCUCCUUCCAGAAAUUCCCUAUCACAUUCAAGUUGUGACUGUCCCUGGGCUUUUCCAACAUGUUAAUAUUACUUCCAGUUACAGACAUAAAGUUAGUAAAAAAAAAAUAAAAUU